AUGGCACAACCACCAGGCUUCACUGUUAGCGGUACCUCUCACUUGGGAUUGAGGUUGCUCAGUUUAACAAUUACUCAGUGGAAGUAUGCCCUUGAUAUACUUGAAGAAACAUGCAUGCUUGAUUGUCGCCUGCGUGAUACUCCUAUGGAUCCCAAUGUCAAGCUCCUACCAGGUCAGGGGGAGCCAUUGCAAGGCCCUGAUAGAUAUCGACGACUUGUUGGCAAACUUAAUUAUCUUACAGUAACUAGACCUGAUAUUGCAUUUGUUGUCACCAAGCCCCUAAGUGACUUAGUGAAUGCACCAAGCAAGGGUAACAUCGAAGUUGUUGGCUACUCUGAUGCUGAUUGGGUAGGGUCACCAUCAGAUAGAAGAUCCACUUCUGGGUAUUGUGUCCUUGUUGGAGGUACUUUGAUAUCGUGGCGGAGUAAGAAGCAAAACAUAGUCGCAAGAUCGAGUGCAGAAGCAGAAUAUCGUGAUAUGGUUGCAACGACUUGUGAACUUACAUGGCUAAAACAAUUACUCAAACAACUCAAGUUAUGA